AUGUGGAGAAACACAGUCAAGUCGUUUCUAUGCGGAAGCAAAGGACUAAGGGCAAAAAUCCGCGGAUCAUGCAGCACAAGCGAGAAGAAGUGGGUCCAGCCCACGGGAUUUGACACUGGUUUGAAGACUUUCAACAGCCGCACAAAACAAAAAGAGCCACUCAUUCUGGCCCGUGAAGGAGUAGCCACCUGGUACAGCUGUGGGCCCACCGUUUACGAUCAUGCGCACUUGGGCCAUGCAUGUUCGUAUGUCAGGUUUGACGUGCUGCAGAGGAUCUUGUCCCGGUUGUUUGGCAUCACGGUCAUCCACGCCAUGGUCAUCACAGACAUUGAUGACAAAAUUAUUCAAAGAGGUUGGCAGGAGAACAUCUCGCCCACCAUCUUAGCUAGAACGUACGAAGAGGAAUUUAAGAAGGAUAUGAUGUCACUGAAGGUGAUUCCUCCUGUAGUGUAUUUAAGAGUCACAGAACACGUAGCACAAAUUGUUGCCUUCGUUCAGAGAAUCAUCGAGAACGGAAACGCCUACGCCACAAAAGAAGGUGAUGUGUAUUUUGAUAUCCAGUCUAUUGGGGAUCGCUAUGGAAAGUUUGGUGGAGCCGGAGAGUCUCACGAAGCGACUGGUGGCUCCAGUAAAAAAGAUGUGAGGGAUUUUGCUCUGUGGAAACAAUCAAAACCUCAAGAACCACACUGGGAAUCUCCAUGGGGCCCAGGAAGGCCAGGGUGGCAUAUUGAAUGUUCCACCAUUGCGAGCUCAGUCUUUGGAAGUCAGCUGGAUAUCCACUCAGGUGGCGUGGACCUGGCCUUCCCUCACCAUGAGAACGAGGUGGCACAAUGCGAAGCCUAUCAUCAGUGUGAUCAGUGGGGCAAUUAUUUCUUGCACUCAGGACACUUACACAUCAAAGGCAGUGCAGAGAAAAUGUCCAAAUCUCUGAAGAACUAUAUCACCAUUAAGGACUUCCUGCAGUCUUACUCUGCCAAUGAGUUUCGAAUGUUCUGCCUUUUGACGAAAUACAGAUCAGCUAUAGACUACAGUAACAGCAGCAUGUCAGAAGCUCGGGGGUCCCUAGCAACCGUCUCUACCUUCUAUAAUGACGCUCAGGCCUACAUUAAGGGUCAGCUGCAGUCUUUGCCAGUGCAGGACUCACUACUCUGGGAGAGGUUGGCCAAGACGAAAUCCAGCGUGAUGGCAGCUUUGAGUGAUGACUUUGACACACCAAGAGCCAUGAAUGCCAUCAUGGAUUUAGUUUACCAGGGUAACCGCCAGCUGCAGCCUGUUUCCACGGCUGCAGGAGCAACCAGAUGUCCAGAAGUGUUUGGAGCCAUGGUUGUCUACUUAAGAGACAUCUUGGAAGUGUUUGGGAUUGACCAGUUUCAUGACAAGGAUGUAGAACUGGCAAGCCAGUCUGGAAACCUUCAGGCUGUUGUAGAGCAACUGACGCAAUUCCGAAGUGAAGUUAGAGCGUUCGCGCUCACCCGUCAGUCAACAUCUUCUGGGAACAACCAAGAAGCACUUUAUUCAGACAGAAUACCGCUCCUUAAAGCGAGUGACGAUCUGAGGAGGAACCUGGCACCUCUUGGAGUGCUUAUAAAAGAUCGAGGAGCCAACUCUACGUGGGAGCUAACGAAAAAAGCUUCAGAUAUCGACGGGUUGAAAGCAAUCCUUCACAAAGCAUUUCAUGACAGAAUGGAUUCAAGUGAAUUUAUAUUUAAAGAAUAUUUAAAUUAG